AUGGGCAGAAAAUCGGUCUUCUCCAAGCGCUCGCGCUUCGGCGGUAGUGAUCUGAUCACCCGAAUACCACGUUCGGAUCGCUCCUCAUCGCAAACCCGGCACUUCACCUUCUUUUUGUCGCGCUACACGGGCGGCGGCUCGCGCUUGGACGGUCCCCUCGCAGGGGCAGCGCAGCCUGCGAGGGAGCCGCUGCAACUCGAGCUGCGGAGCGUGGCGGGGCGCGACGCGCUGCGGCAGGCGCUGCUCGCGAUGGUGCCGCAGAUUGACGAGCUGCAGAAGAAGCGGGAGCUGAUGAAGCGCAGUGGCCCCCCGCCCCAGCGGCCGACGCCGAUGGGCAUGCCGCAGCAGGGGCAGCUACCGCCCGGGACGGUGCAGCCGCUGGCGCAGCCGACGACGGUGCAGGGGCACGUGCUUCCGAACCAGCCCGGGCCGCCGCCGUUGCCGCAGCCGCCGCCGCCGAUACCGAAGCCGGUGAUUGGGCCGGUGCCGCCGCAGCGCUCCCACUCGCAGGUGGGCCUCGCCGAGUCUGCGGUGAGCGGCUCGGCGAUGCUGGAGCCAAAGAUGGGGCUGCCGCCCGUCGCGCAUCCGCCAGAGUACAAGCCGAACCUGGGGCAGCACGGCGGGCAGCACGGCAUGGGCGGCGUCAACCAGAACCGCAAGUCGACGCUGCCAGUGCAGGCGCUCGUGCACGCCUUCCACUGCAAUGAGGCGGGGUGCAAGCAGAAGUCGUGCGUAGAGACCAAGCAGGUGCCGUCGGGCGGCCACCCGGGCGCCACCGGAGCUGCGGCCCCCCGCCGAAUGUCCGUGCCGUCGCCGCCCGACGGCAGGGUCUCCGGCGGCGCGCCGCGUCUCGGGGGCGUGCACUCCAACAACGAGGCGGUGCGGCAGAAGCUGCGGCAGCUCGACCCGGCGCAGGUGAAGCGGAUGCUGCUGCAGCACGUCCGCUCGUGCCAAAACAAGCAGUGCCACACUUGCCACAAGCUACGCGAGCGGAUCAAGGCGAGCCGCGCCAACAACACGGGCGGAGGCGGCAGCAGCCACGACCCGCUGCAGCGGCCGUUUGGAGGCGGCGGCAUCCCACCGCUGCAGCGCCCCGGCUCGAUCGGCGGCAUGACCGCCGGGGGGAUGGAGGGGUCGAGCAACAUCCUCAUGGGUGGCGGCUUCGGCGGCGGUGGCGGCUUCGGCGGGUUUCCCGGCCUGGACGGGGGCCCGGGCCUGCUCGGCGCGGGCACGGGCGUCGGCUUUGGGCUGCAGGGCUCGAGCCCGUGGGUGCCGAGCGCGCAGAGCGGGCUGCAGCGCAAGACCAAGGUGAAGCAGCGCGGCCGCGAGAACAUCCAGCCCGGCCUCGCGUGGUCCUCGCGGCAGGGCGACCAGCGGACGGCGCUCGCCGAGGGCACGCGGUUCUCGCGAAUCAGGCUCAAGCUCAAAGGCGUUGCGCCCACGCUCGCCCCGUCGCGGUCGCGCGACCGAAAGAAAAAGGCGCGCGCCGACGACGAUGACGGCGGCCGCGGCGAGAAGGCGGACAUCAAGCGGCUCCGGCGGCAGAUCUCGCAAAAGUCGACGCAGGACGAGGAGGAGGAGAUGGCGCAGGCCGGGAUGGACCAGUACCGCGUGGCGCCCGGCCGGCCCGCCUCCCUCGAGCUCAACAAGUUCGAGGUCGGCUCGUGGGUCGAGCACCGAGAGGACGCGAGCACGUGGAGGCUCGCGAUAGUGCGCUCGCAGCAGCAAGCGGGCGGGCAGCUGCAGUACACCAUCCAGCUGGAGCCGGUGGAGCAGAACCGGCACAAGCAGACGGGCGUGCCGCAUGCCGAUUUGCGCAUGGCGUGCUCGCACCCAGAGUGCAAGAAGCACGCCCUGCACCUCGCCGCGCUGCCGCUGUUUUGCGACCGCUGUCGCAAGGCGCUCAUGUCGACGCCGCAGCAGCGCGUCUACUUCCAGGAGAAGGAGGCGGUCGAGUCGGGGCAGUCGCUCCGCCUCUGCAGCACUUGCGUCGGCUCGCUGCGCGCGGAGCUCAAGUCCAAGGGCCAGGCCGGCCUCGACGCCGAGGUGCAAAAGUUCACGCGCGACCUUCCGCAGGGCGCCGACCGGCAGUCGCUCGUGCUCGAGACUCUCGAGGAGACGGCGCUGCCGCAGCGCGCCGAGAACAGCGACGCGCCCAUCCUGUCGACCGACAUCGACACGCGGUGGGCGCAGUGCGCUGGGUGCUUCAAGUGGUGGCAUUGGGUGUGCGCCAUGUACGUCGAGACGCAGUACAAGAACGGGCGGCCUUUCUACUGCCGCGGGUGCGCGCCCAAGCACGAGCGGCUGUCGGACGAGCUGCAGUCGCUGCUCGAGAACAACGACGCGACGAAGCUGACGCAGAUCCCGAUGGGCGAGUUCAUCGAGGAGCAGGUGCGUAGCGACCUCGAGGAGGCGAAGAUCGACUGCACGCCGAUCACCAUCCGGAUCGUCUCGUCGCUGCUCAUGAACUCGUACACGCCCGAGCGGCUGGUCGAGCACCAGCAGGCGCUGGGCGAGAGCUACCCGCGCGAGUUUCCGUACAAGUCCAAGGCGCUGCUCGCGUUCCAGAAGCGGGACGGGCUCGACGUCUGCCUGUUCGCGCUGUACGUGCAGGAGUACGGCUCCGACUGCCCGGAGCCGAACAAGAACCGCGUCUACAUCUCGUACCUCGACUCGGUCCGCUACUUUGAGUCGGAGCCGAUGGGCCACCGCUCGACGGUCUACCACUCGAUCCUGGUCGCCUAUCUGCAGUGGACGCGUAUGCUCGGCUUCAAGUACGUCCACAUCUGGGUUGAGCCGCCGAAGAGCGGCGACGAGUACAUCUUCUUUGCGCGCUCGGACCAGCAGCGCAAGCCGAUGAAGCGCGAGAAGCUGCGCGAGUGGUACAAGGGGAUGCUCGACAAGGCAAAGGCCAAGAAUGUGGUCGAGCACUACGGGACGAUGCACGACAUGUUCAACGGCCUCAAGUCGCUCGCCGAGAUCCCGCUCUUCCACGGCGACCAGUGGGAGAUCACGGUGCCGUCGCUGCUCGGCCUCGACGACGAGGAGUACGUCUCGGCGCCGAAGAGCAACAAGCUCGUGCGGAUGGACUCCAAGGACGUCGUGCAAAAGGCGCAGCAGGAGAUGCAGCACCUGAAGCGCCACUUCCUCGUCGCGGUGCUUCGCGACCCCGACUUGUCGCCGAUGAAGGACAACGACCCGGUCAUCUCCACCGACCUGACCGACUCGCGCCAGACCUUCCUCGGCCAGUGCCAGAUGUGCCACUGGCAGUUCAACACGCUGCGGCACGCGCAGUACUCGACGCGGAUGAUCCUCAACCACAUCCACAACAAGCCCUCGUACUGCGUCGAGGACUGCCAGCGCGGCCGCGUCGAGGACGGCUCCUUCAUGGUCGGGUGCGACGUGUGCGACAACUGGUACCACGGGGACUGCGUCGGCAUCUCGAAGGACGAGGCAAACACGAUGGACUCGUACCUUUGCGCGCGCUGCCGGGCGCUCGACGAGUCGGGUGGGCUCGACGAGGGCGGCGGCGGCAGCUGAGCCCCGGGCGCACAAGGAGCCGCCGCCGCGCGGCGCACGCAGGCUCCUGGCUCAAGGUUGGGAUGGACUCAGUCAGUCCCUUAUUCCGCCCCUCGGACGAUAACAGCUCGCGCGUGUAACGUGAGGCGCUGAGGAGCAGUUCUUUUGGCACUCGACCAUGUCGUGUUUGUGGGAUCCCAGUUAUUUUCAUACUCGUUUUUUCGGACGAAGAAGACAGUCAUUUUUUGUUAUCUAAAAAUCUCAAUU